AUGAGGGACGGUAUCGUCAAAGGACAGAGAUCUGAGAGACGCAAACCCGUCUUUGAAGGGUUAAUGACAUUCACCUUGGUCUUAUGGUUGUGGACCGUUCAAUCCAUGUCAGUCUGGACCUCCCAUGCAAGAGCCCAGUCUCUUCGAAUAUUUAGAAACUGCACACCAAGGCCAAGCCGGGGUAUGAAGCUGAUCCGAGCCGUCGUUCAGCAAGGUCCCGUCAAAGAAGCCAUUCCCCUGCACUCCCUCGAACGUAUAUCUCGUCUGGGCAUCUUGAGCCGUCGUCCAACGCCUGGCCGACAAAAACUCUAG